AAGCUCCUCGAGAAAAUAAAAGAAAUAUCCAACAAUUGCAACGGUCGAAUUUGUGCUGCUUUAAAUGAUGAAUUGAAUCGGAUAGAGAGAAAUUUUCCAACAAUUGUAGAGGUGAGAUAUGUGUUGUUCAUAAGGGUUAAUUGAAUCGGAGAGAGGGAGAGAUACAGAGAGAUGAGAAAAAGUAAGGGGCAAAAGCAAAUCCAUAAAACCCUAAUUUCUGUAGAAGAAAAUGUUAAAGUCGAAAGAUCAAUCAUAGACCAGCAAUAUGAGGGAGGGAAAGAAGGAGAAGAAGACGGAGAAGGGUCAAGAUUCUUCGCAUGCUAUCUGCUUACAUCACUCUGCCCCCGUUUCAAAGGCCACACCUACAUCGGGUUCACAGUGAAUCCUCGGCGUAGAAUAAGGCAGCACAAUGGUGAAAUUAGGAGCGGCGCAUGGAGGACCAAGAAGAAGCGCCCCUGGGAGAUGGCUUUGUGCAUCUAUGGCUUCCCUACUAAUGUCGCCGCUCUUCAGUUUGAGUGGGCAUGGCAACACCCAGUAGAAUCUCUGGCAGUUAGGAAAGCGGCUACGGCUUUUAAAUCCCUUUCUGGAAUUACCAACAAAAUUAAAUUAGCAUACACAAUGCUUACGCUUCCUGCCUGGAAUAGGUAUGAAUUAUGAUUUAAUGUUUCUGCUUGUGAGAGGAUCAUGAUUUGAUUUAACCGAGAUAAGUUUCAAAGAU